AUGUUUUGCAGUCGUAUUUUGCCCCGUUUGCUCCGUCCUUGUGGACAACGACAUAAUUAUUUGAAACGUUUGAGUAGAAUUGAGGAAAAUUCGGGUCAGCGAGGCAUGAUGCAGUAUACAACUGCAUCUGAACGUCGACCUUUCGAUGGUAUUGCGAAUACGAAACCGAGUAUAUGGGUUGAAUUUACCUCUUUAGCGGCUGAAUGUAACGCUGUCAACAUUGGUCAGGGUUUUCCGGACAGUCCUAUGCCCCAAUUUGUUGCUGACAUUCUGAAGGAAAUAGCAUCGCAUCCUGAGAGGACGGAUUGGCAUCAAUAUACGAGAGGAUUUGGUCAUCCUCGACUCGUGAAAGCAUUGGCAAAUCUCUAUUCAAAACUGUUGAAUGUUGACGUUAAUGCACAAAACGAUGUAUUGGUAACAGUUGGUGCUUACUUAUCGUUGUAUUAUGCUUUUACUGGUUGGAUCAAUCGUGGAGAUGAAGUCAUUGUUCUUGAACCGGCGUAUGAUUGCUAUGUGCCACAAAUUCAAUUAGCCGGAGGCGUUCCAGUAGCUGUCCCACUUAAGUUGGGAUCAGAUGCGGAAUCGAGUGCUGACUAUCAUUUGAAUAUUUCGGAUAUUGAAGCGAAAAUCACGGAUCUUACGAAAUUUAUUGUGAUCAACAAUCCACAUAAUCCCACUGGAAAACUUUUCUCAAGAGAAGAACUGGAGGAACUGGCGAAUUUGGUUCGAAAGUAUAAUUUAUUGGUGAUUGCAGACGAAGUUUAUGAAUGGCAUAUCUAUCAGGAUCGAGAAAUGAUCCGAUUUGGUAGAUAUCUUUUUGUUCGUUUAAUUGGGUCUGUACAAGUCAUUAGCGCAAGUCUUCCGGGUAUGUAUGAACGUACAAUAACGAUUGGAAGUGCCGGCAAAAUAUUCAGUGCAACUGGCUGGAAAUUGGGAUGGUCAAUUGGACCUUCUCAUUUGCUCGAUCCACUCAAAGCCAUUCAUCAGAAUUGUGUCUUCACCUGUUCAACGCCAAUUCAGGAGGCAGUGGCGCAGGCAAUCGAAAAGGAGAUGUCGGUGAUGUGGACUGAUCCAGAAAAGAGUUAUUUUAAAACAGGUUUGGCUCGUGAUCUGCGAUCGAAAAGGGAUCGUAUGGCGCAUAUGUUACGGAUGGCUGGACUGAAGCCAAUUAUCCCUGAUUCAGGCUACUUCAUGAUGGCUGAUUUCUCUUCGCUUGUUCCACCAGAUGCUUUCAAAUCAGAGAGUGAUAAUGGUGAUCCUUUGGACUUUCGCUUCGUACGAUGGAUGUGUCGUGAAAAGAAUCUAGCGAUGAUACCGCCAUCGGCAUUUUAUUCGAAUCAGUUCAAAUCAGACAAUGACCAUAUGGUGCGAGUGUGCUUCUUUAAGGGGACAGCGGACGUGCUUCCGUGGCGCAAUCGGUUAGCGCGUUCGGCUGUUAACCGAAAGACGGACAAAGUAAUGGAUCAAGCCGAGUCAAUAUUAAAGCAGUUUACAUCUGAAAUCAAUGCAAACGCAGAUGCAAGUGGUCGCUGA